AUCUGUUGUUCAAAAAAGAAGAAAAGUUUCAGAUAAAAAUAUUGAAAAAGUGAUCAUUAAAAAAUUUAAACAAAAUGACUAUACAUAUACACCUGAAUUUGGUUCAUUAACUACAACUUUAAGCACAACAGCACAAAUUUUCGUACAUGAUAAUUUACCUCAAUUUUCUAGCCGAUUUAGUUCAUAUGGUAUUCUAGCGGAUAAAAAUUUAGAUCAGCAUUUAGCAUUAACAGUAUCUUUGAGUGUUGGAGAAGCUAUUAUUAAAAAUUCAUUAAAUCUAACUCAGUAUCAAUAUUGGCUUACAGAUAAUACAGCUUAUAUAUCUGGAUUAAAGGGUGGUGCU